AUGGCAGAGGCCGCUAAGGUCCGAGUCGGCGUCAGGGUCAGGCCCCUGCUGCCGCGGGAGGUGGAGAAAGAUACCCCUCAGGUCAUCUCCCACCCUUCGGAGAAGCAGGUGCUGGUCGACAACGGCAAUGGCAACGCGGCUCCGCACCGCUUCACCUACGACCACGUGUUCCCAGUGCACGCCAGCCAAAGGGACCUGUACGCGAGCACUGCGGCGCAGAUGCUGCAGCCGUUCCUUGACGGCUACAACGUCACCGUCCUAGCGUACGGCCAGACGGGGUCGGGGAAGACGUACACGAUGGGUUCGGAGUGCGGCACCACCGACAAGUACGACGACGAACGGCGAGGCCUCAUCCCCAGGUUCCUGUACGACAUGUUCAUGAACUUGAACGCCGAUGUCGCUCACCGACUGGAGGCUACGACGACGGCAAGCUUUCUGGAGAUAUACGGAGAGGACGUGUACGACCUGCUUAGCGACGGCCAUGCCCCCGGCACCAAGCGCGCUUCUCUUCCGGCAAGUGUUGGCGGGGAGGGUUGUGAUCCUAUCGUCUGCGGAGGUGUUGUCAAAAACUACUCCAACAACAACAACGAAAACAACUGCUUGGCGAAACAUCAGGUCCUGGAAGACAAGACGGGCGUGUUCGUGAACGGGCUCAGCCAGGUGCCGGUGCUGGGCUGGGAGGCCGCCCUCGACGUCCUGAGCCAGGGCGUGCUCAACAGGACCACCGCGUCCACCCUCAUGAACACCGUCAGCAGUCGCUCUCACGCCGUGUUCACCAUCACCUUGACCCAGACGCUCAAGGACGAGGCCGAUCCCGAAGGGGAACCUCAGACCGUUACCUCGAAGCUUACCUUCGUGGAUCUCGCCGGUAGCGAGAGGCUAGGCAGGACCGGUGCGGAGGGCCAGCGGAAGAGGGAGGGCAUCCAGAUCAAUCAGGGUCUUCUUGCUCUGGGUAACGUCGUUAACGCCUUGGGAGACGAUCGGUCUGACAAGAAGACCACACACGUGCCGUACCGACAGUCGAAGCUUACCAGGCUACUCCAGGACGCCCUCGGGGGCAACAGCCAGACCCUCUUCAUCGCGUGCGUUAGCCCGGCGGCGGACUCGCUGAACGAGACGGUGGCGGCCCUGCACUACGCUAACCGCGCCCGCAACAUCAAGAACCGCGUGGUGAGAGAUGGAGAGAGAUGGGAGAUUUUGUGGACCACGUAG